CGCGGGAACCCGGAAGGCGCUGCGCUUGAACUGCGGCGAGUUCCGAGGCCGCCGGCCGCGCAGGGUCUGAGGAGGUCUCCGGGCCGGCUCGCCGCGGCAGGGGCGGUUCCCAAGCCCCGACCCAGCUUGUAGAAAUGGGACGCCGGUCAUCAGAUACUGAAGAGGAGAGCAGAAGCAAGAGAAAAAAGAAACACCGUAGACGGUCAUCUUCAAGCAGUUCUUCAGAUAGUAGAACUUACAGCCGAAAGAAAGGCGGAAGGAAAUCAAGAUCAAAGUCGAGAUCUUGGUCCAGAGACCUUCAGCCACGUUCACAUUCUUAUGAUAGAAGACGCAGACAUCGGUCAAGCAGUAGUUCUUCUUAUGGCUCUAGAAGAAAACGAAGUAGAAGUCGUUCAAGGGGUCGAGGGAAAUCCUAUAGAGUUCAGAGAUCUAGGUCAAAAAGCAGAACAAGAAGGUCCAGGUCAAGACCUCGGCCACGUUCCCACAGUCGCAGCAGUGAGAGGUCCAGUCACAGAAGAACCCGCAGCCGGUCUCGGGAUCGAGAGAGACGGAAAGGCAGAGACAAAGAGAAACGGGAGAAGGACAAGGACAAGGACAAGGGCAAGGACAAAGAGGCACACAGCAGCAAACGAGGGGAAUCUGGAAACAUCAAAGCUGGAUUAGAACAUCUGCCACCAGCUGAGCAGGCCAAAGCCAGACUGCAGCUGGUUCUUGAAGCUGCUGCAAAAGCUGAUGAAGCAUUGAAAGCCAAAGAAAGAAACGAGGAAGAAGCAAAGAGAAGAAAGGAAGGAGAGCAAGCCACCUUGGGAGAACAAGUAAAACGAGUGAAGGAAAUCGAAGCCAUCGAAAGUGAUUCUUUUGUCCAGCAGACAUUCAGAUCAAGUAAGGAAAUUAGAAAGGUGGUGGAGCCUAGUGAAGUGACGCAUGCGACUUCAACGGCAGGCCCAGCGUCAGUAGUUGCUGACCCACCCAGUGCUGAAAGGGAAGUAGACCCUGCCAUCCCCACUGCGAUCAAGUACCAAGACGACAACUCCCUGGCUCAUCCAAAUUUAUUUAUCGAGAAAGCGGAAGCUGAGGAGAAGUGGUUCAAGAGAUUAAUUGCUCUCCGACAGGAAAGACUAAUGGGCAGCCCUGUGGCCUAAGCAGUACACCUGUGAUUGAACUGACAGUAGCAUUGGAAAUUUAGGUUUUCAAAUCCCAAUAUUAACUUUUACUCUUAAAGAAUUUAACUGCUUAUAAGUAAAGAUAAUCUCAUUUCUUUCUCUUUUGUGGGCUUGAAUAUUUGUUGAUUUGUAUGAAAUUUCACAAUGCAUGAAAAUGUUUUACUGUUAAAACUAAUCAUAAAAACAUCAGUGUUAAAAUAACUCAUACUCAGUAGUGUUUCUUAAUACAGCAUGAAAAAGUCAUGUAAAGACCCAAUAUUGAUUGAUUAUGUGUAUAUAAUCAAUAUUGAUUGUAUGCUAUAAAUUUGAGAUUCCCUCUGUGAAUCUCUUAUCUCACCCUAUUGAAAAUGUUUAGAUACAAUAAAAUGCACCCUAAGCAGUCUAAGCAAAAUGAACAUGUUAAACUUAAAGGAAUAACAUGUUAAUUUGAAGAGUCUCUUGAAAAUUAAAUGAAGGGAUGGUUUUUGACUAGAGAAAGAAACUACUGGUGUCCCUUUUUACCCCAAAGCAAAUCCCAGCUCAGCCUUAGAGAAGUCAUUUGCUUAUGUGGACCUAGCUAGUUGGUCACGUGCCUCUGCAGGGAACCUGCUCUCGCUCUGGUCAUCCCUGGCCACUGCUGUCCCUGUGGAGGGGCAAGCUGAAUGCUACCUGGGUGAGACUCUGUCCUCACCCAGUGAAUCACCGUCCACGUGCAGCCCUGUGCGCAUACCAGCGGAAGUGCUCUGGCCUCACCUUGCAGAGCAGUCGCCUUCCCCGCUGGGCUCAGAGGUCCAGCCACUCCCGUUCUGUCUCAUGAAGACUAGCGCCUGCGCCCAGCAAGCAGGAGAGGCCUCAGGGGAGGGUCACCAAUGUGCAGGACAUUUGGAUGCCAUCUUUUUAGUAUUUCUGGAACUACUAAAAUUGUCAUCUAUUGAAAAUGAAAAUUGUCUGAUGUAAAGCCAGGUAUGUGUGGUUUUUAAUAUAGACACAAAAAUUUUCAGUUCAUAAAGAGGUUAUUGUUUCUGAGGUAUUUUGCAUUUCAUUCUUUGUACAACUUAUAAACUGUAAAAGUUCUGUCACCA